CGUUCGCAUGUGUAUGUUGUCGGUGCGCGGAGUGAGUGAAUGAACGAAACUUGAAGAUGGCUAGCGACGGACCACCGGGAACCGACGGCAACCCGUCCGACCUGGGUAGUGCUGUUGCGUCUUUGAACACAUGGAGUAUCCCAGAGUUGCAGGCGAGACUCGCGGACAUCGGUGCACCAGUAAUGGGACCGAGGGAGGAGUUGAUUGACAGGUUGAAAGGAUACAUGAUGCAGACGGGCAUGAUUGUCACCAAACCCAACAUGCAAGGAGGUGAUGACAAACCAAUGUCACAGGUUAGACCUCAUCGACAGAUGCCUGGCCUCCCUCCCAUGCCCCCUAUACCCCCGAUGCCUCUGCCCCCGGGCAUGGGUAUGCUACAGGCCAUGGGCAUGAUGGGAGGACCCCCUCCACCAGGCAUGCAUAUGGGCAUGGACCACCCCCCUGGCAUGGGUCAAGACCCACACAAGAUGCGCAUGGGUGGACCCAUGGAGGAACAGAUGAAGGAGCAGGAGCUUCUGGAACAACAGAAGAGGGCGGCAGUGCUGUUGGAGCAGGAGCGUCAGCAGGAGAUGGCCAAGAUGCAGCAGCAGCGCGGGCACGGCGGGCCCCCAGGGGUGGGGCACCACGGUGGGCACAGGGGCGACCCCCAGGGCCCCCAGGCCUCCCUCAUCCCCAUGUCUGGCCUGCCCCCCAUGCGAGGUCAGCCCCAGAUGACCCCCUCCCUCAUCAUGAAUCUGAUGGGCGGUGGUGGCCCACCCCCUCCCGGCAUCUCCAUGAUGCAGUCCAACCAGAAGCAGAGGAUGCCCCCACCGCCAGGAGAGGACGGCAGAGAGUCAUGGCAGGGUGAAGAGGUGGGUCUUGGGCCCAAGAUCCCUCAGGCCCUGGAGAAGAUCCUGCAGCUGAAGGACAUCCGGCAGGAGGAGCUCAGCGCUGCCCCUCCAGCUGCGGAGGAGGACAACGAGGCUCCUGAUGCUGAUACGAAUAAUGUCCAAGUCCUCUCUGAGACUGAAGAUGACGACAUCGGCCUCUCCAAGAAAGAGAAAAACCGACGUCGUCGCAACAGGAAGAAGAAGAAGAAGAAGCGUGACCAGGAGAGCGAAAAGCAGAAGGAGAAGGAGAACGAGGAGGAGGAGAAGAAAGGAGAGAAGGAGAACGAUCCGGAAGUGGAGAUAGAGUACAUCACAGAGGAGCCGGAGAUCUACGACCCCAACUUCAUCUUCUUCAAGAGGAUCUUUGAGGCCUUCAAGUUGACAGACGAUGUGAAGAAGGAGAAGGAGAAGGAGCCGGAAAAGCCAGAGAAGGUCGAGCCCAUCAAGAAGAAGGGAUACGCGGAGGAGAAGAGGGAUGAUGACGACGACGACAGUGAUGACGAAAUCAGGCCAGAUGUGCCCAAGAUGUCCAAAAAGAAGCUGCGACGCAUGAACAGACUGACAGUAGCUGAACUCAAACAGCUGGUGGCACGCCCAGACGUGGUGGAGAUGCACGACGUGACGGCGCAGGAGCCCAAGCUGCUGGUGCACCUGAAGGCCACGCGGAACACGGUGCCCGUGCCGCGCCACUGGUGCUUCAAGCGCAAGUACCUGCAGGGCAAGCGAGGUAUCGAGAAGCCACCCUUCGAGCUGCCCGAGUUCAUCAAGCGCACCGGCAUCCAGGAGAUGAGGGAGGCCCUGCAGGAGAAGGAGGACGCUAAGACCAUGAAGACCAAGAUGCGCGAGAAGGUGCGUCCCAAGAUGGGCAAGAUCGACAUUGACUACCAGAAGCUGCACGAUGCCUUCUUCAAGUGGCAGAUCAAGCCCAAGCUCACCAUCCACGGAGAUCUCUACUACGAGGGUAAAGAGUUUGAGACUCGUCUGAAGGAGAAGAAGCCAGGAGAUCUGUCAGAUGAGCUGCGUAUCGCCCUGGGCAUGCCCACUGGAGUGAACUCCCACAAAGUGCCCCCUCCGUGGCUGAUCGCCAUGCAGCGUUACGGGCCUCCCCCCUCCUACCCCAACCUCAAGAUCCCCGGACUCAACGCACCCAUCCCCGAGGGUUGUUCGUUUGGCUACCAUGCUGGUGGCUGGGGUAAGCCUCCUGUGGAUGAGACUGGUAAGCCCCUGUAUGGAGACGUGUUCGGGACCAACGCCACAGACUUCCAGGCCAAGGCUGAGGAGGAAGAGGUGGACCGCACUCCGUGGGGAGAGCUGGAGCCGUCUGAUGAAGAGUCUUCUGAGGAAGAGGAGGAAGAGGAGAGCGACGAGGACAAGCCAGACGAGACCGGCUUCUUCACACCCGCAGACAGUGGUCUCAUCACUCCUGGAGGCUUCUCGUCGGUGCCUGCAGGCAUGGAGACCCCAGAGCUCAUCGAGCUCAGGAAGAAGAAGAUCGAGGAGGCCAUGGACGGGAACGAGACUCCUCAGCUGUUCACGGUGCUGCCAGAGAGGAGGACGGCGUCUGUGGGCGCAGCCAUGAUGGCCUCCACACACAUCUACGACGUCUCUGGGGCGAUGGCGGGUCGCAAGGCGGGCGGCGGUGGCGGCGACGGGCAGGGCGUGGAGGUGGCGCUGGCCCCCGAGGAGCUGGAGCUGGACCCCAUGGCCAUGACCCAGAAGUACGAGGAGCACGUCCGGGAGCAGCAGGCCCAGGUGGAGAAGGAGGACUUCAGCGACAUGGUGGCGGAGCACGCCGCCAAGCAGAAGCAAAAGAAAAGGAAGGCCCAGCCACAGGAUACACGUGGGGGAGCCAAGAAGUACAAAGAGUUCAAGUUUUAAAUGCCACAUGCCCUGUCUCUCACACACACACACACACACACACACACACACACACACACACACACACACACACACACACACACACACACAAAGAAAGAGAGCCUGGAGCUGUGCUGAGAUGCAAGCCAGAUGCGACAUACACACACAGAUAUCAACGCCCUUUCCGGACCAUCAUUUGGACCUGUGCCCAAUGCCCAUAGUGAAUCAGUAUGUGCAUGUCUUGUGUCCUCUCUGAAGCGGUGGCAUAGCGUAUCUCCUGUCCCUGAAUGAUAGAGGCACGUGAAGCACCCACAUUACAUGUCCAUCUUAGAGCUAAAGAGUCAGCCGUGCACGUGCAAAAUGCGCACAAGGACAGCGGUGCACAGUCUUGCACGUGCAAAAUGUGCAGCUAUUCCAGCUCGUAGCGGUUUUAAAUGAGAUUACAGAGGUUAAUUCCUAUGAAAACCCAUACACAUGCAUACAUGGUAGGCAUACGGUCAUAAAUUGUACUUGCAUCUCUUCGUUUUUUUUACAUUUGCCUCUAAUUUGAUGUUUUAGUAACUUUUUGCCAGUCUCCACACACUGUUUAGGUGUGUCUCACCAAAGGAUGAUUCGCACCGUGAAAAAAAAAUGUCUCCUGUGUGUUGUUUUUGUCUCCAACAUUUUUAUGUAAAUAAAAACAUUCUGUAACCUUUCA